AUGUCGCAUGCAGCCAUUCAUGAAAAUGGCAAUGACCAACUCACCGACUCGAGCUCAGACUUCUCUGAAUAUUGGAUUGACUUGUUCUUAGGGAUAAAAGGCAACGAAUACUUCUGUGAUAUAGACGAUGACUACAUCCGGGACCGUUUCAACUUGACGGGCCUUAACCAAGAGGUGAGCAAGAUCCCCACAUUGGUCGAUAUCAUUACUGACAUGGCCGAUAUUGAGCAUCAACCUGAGGAACAUCGAGAUGCUUUAGAACACAAUGCAAGAAUACUAUACGGUCUCAUCCACGCAAGAUACAUCUUAUCUCAGCGAGGCCUCAACAAAAUGUUCGAAAAAUAUAAGAACGGUGAUUUCGGAUAUUGCCCUCGAGUUCAUUGCCACUUGCAUCCACUUCUUCCCGUUGGGUUGAGCGAUCAGCCCAGAAUCAACUCAGUGAAACUAUAUUGCGCUAAAUGUGAGGACUUGUACAACCCGAAGUCAGGCAGACAUGCUAUCGUCGAUGGAGCCUACUUUGGAACAUCUUUCCCUGCUAUGUUCUUCCAAAACUUCCCCCACGCCAUUCCAGUUCAUAGUCGGGAAACUUAUACACCUAAAGUCUUCGGCUUUAGGGUGCACGAAUAUUCUAAGUUAGAUAGAUGGAGAAAGUUGCAGAGGCGGAAACUUGAAAAGAGACUACAAGGAUACGGCAUCGAAAUCAAUAAUACCAGCGGCGGGUUUCUUGCUGAGGAGAACAAGGGCGAUCAGGGAUAUCCUAAUUAG